GGCAGUAUCCCCCCGGAAAUGGAGCGACGCAGCUGGACCGGAAACCCGCACAGGGCGAGCCUGCUGCUGCACCUGUCCGCCGCUGUGCAUCUGAGUUUUGCCAUUUACUACGAUUGCCGGUAUGCUCAGUUGCCGCACUUGGCUGUGGAACUUAACCUGGAACCACCCAUCGGGGGCAAGUUCAAGUACAUGACCUUCCUGGGCGGACUCGUGCAUUGCUUCUACUAUUUGCUGGCUUUAACCCAUGACAUCCUUCGCCUUCGAGUGCUGCGACAUCUGAGGGACUAUGUUAUGGCCAGCUUUGUGGUACCAUUGGCUUUUACGGUGGGAGUAACCUUCUGGACCCUCUACACCAUCGAUCGGGACUCGAUAUAUCCGCCAAUUCUGGAUCUCGUCUAUCCCAUGUGGCUGAAUCACACGAUGCACUCCUUCGUCAUGAUCUAUGCUGUCCUGGAACUAAGCCUCACACAGCAUCGUUAUCCUUUGAGGAGAAAGGCCUUUACUGGCCUGGGAAUCUUCAUGGCUGCCUAUCUGGUUUGGAUCCAUUUCCUGUGGCUGAUGACCGGAAUCUGGGUGUAUCCCUUCCUGGGCGCCUUUGGGGGAUUCUUCAGGUUGCUGUUCUUUGCUGGAAUAAUUGGCCUUGGAUUUGGUUACUAUCUGGUGGGAGAGUGGUUUAACCGAGUGAUUUGGUGGCAACCGAGCGGAGGUCGAAGACGGAGUAGCAGGGGGUAAGACCCGCUGUGCCCUGGUAAUAAAGGAAUGGAAACUAGGCUGCCUGACAUUUGACCAACAACAA